AGCGGUGGUGCAAAGGGCAGGUAUUUGGGGUCUGGACGAGGGCGCGCUUGCGAACUCUCGCCAUGGCCGGGUCAGAAUGGGAGUCGCUGGAGCAGUGCUUGGAAAAGCACCUGCCGGCCUCAGACUUGCAGGAGGUGAAGCGCAUUCUCUAUGGCAAGGAGACCAGGAAGCUGGAGCUGCCCAGCGGGGCUGUCGAAGCCGCCUUGGAAGGAAGCUUUGAGCUGCAGGGAUACGCGUUUGAGGCCGCAGAAGAGCAACUGAGGCGCCCUCGAACUGUGCGCGUGGGACUCAUCCAGAACAAAAUCCCCCUUCCCGCCGAUGCCCCGGUGGCAAAGCAGGUUGCUGCCCUUCACAAACGUAUCGAGGCCAUGGUUGAGGUGGCUGCAAUGUGUGGUGUCAACAUCAUCUGCUUCCAGGAGGCAUGGACCAUGCCCUUUGCUUUCUGUACAAGAGAGAAGCUGCCUUGGACAGAAUUUGCCGAGUCAGCAGAGGAUGGGCCCACCACCAGAUUCUGCCAGAAGCUGGCCAAGAAGCAUAACAUGGUGGUGGUGUCCCCCAUUCUGGAACGAGACAGCGAGCACGGGGAUGUUCUGUGGAAUACAGCCGUGGUGAUCUCCAACUCGGGAGCAGUGCUCGGGAAGACCAGGAAAAACCACAUCCCCCGUGUGGGCGAUUUCAACGAGUCCACCUACUACAUGGAAGGAACCCUGGGCCACCCCGUGUUCCAGACCCAGUUCGGGAGGAUCGCAGUGAACAUUUGCUACGGGCGACACCAUCCCCUCAACUGGCUCCUGUACAGCAUCAACGGGGCUGAGAUCAUUUUCAACCCUUCGGCCACCAUCGGAGCACUCAGCGAGUCCCUGUGGCCCAUUGAGGCGAGAAACGCGGCGAUUGCCAAUCACUGCUUCACCUGCGCCAUCAACCGCGUGGGGGAGGAGCACUUCCCGAAUGAGUUCACCUCGGGAGAUGGGAAGAAAGCUCACCAGGACUUUGGCUACUUUUACGGCUCGAGCUACGUAGCCGGCCCUGACAGCAGCCGCACCCCCGGGCUGCCCCGUAACCGUGACGGGCUGCUGGUCGCCGAGCUCAACCUCAACCUCUGCCGGCAGAUGAGUGACAUCUGGAACUUCAAGAUGACGGGCAGAUAUGAGAUGUACGCCCGGGAGCUUGCGGAAGCUGUCAAACCCAACUACGUCCCCAACAUCGUGAAGGAGUAGCGGCAGGCUCCGGCCCACCCCGAGGCCCCUACCUGCAAGUGCAAAGGCUUCACACGCCCUAUCCUCCCUCAGGACGCCCUGAGCGCCCCAGGCUGUGCAGACCCCUCUCAGCACCCCCGCAGGAGAGCAUUGGACCUCCCUCUGCCCGCCCCCCCCCCAUCCCUGGUGUCACAGCUCAUCCUAGAGUGACUGAUGCAGAGGUUUGGGGGGCAGAUAGAGAGGAGAGGGGCACCCAACACAGAAUACAUUAGCUGCCAGUCAUCGGUUUUAUGUGGUGAGGAUUUUAACUUCUAGUAUGGGCUUGGUUGGCAUUAGGAGUCUCAGAGUCCCAUGCUGAAGCUUCUGACUGCCCAGGCUUGCAGACUCAGCAAGGAGAGGGCGGGGCCGGAGUAUGUGGGCAUAGGAGGGUGAGGUGGAACCCCAAGCCACUGGCCCCAUGGAUGACUGGGGGGAAUGGGGUGCGGGCAGGGCAGAUUUCCACUUACUGGGCCCGUUAUCCAAUCAGACUAAUCCAGGUACAGCUGUGAAGGCAUUUUGUAGACGUGAUUAAACCCGAUUUUGUCCAUGUGAUUAAACUCCUAACAAUUUAACUAACAAAUGAGAUUAUGCCAGCUAAUCUGGGGAGGCUGAUUCAGUCCAGGGAAAGGUCAUAAAAGCAGAGCUGAGGCUUCCCCAAUAAACAAGAAAUUCUGCACA